AGAUAUUAGAGUGUGGCUGGAGCCAGAAAGGAGCAGCGAAGGCAAAAAAUGGCGCAGUAUCUCAAGCUUCCCAUUAUUUUCUCACGCUCCGCCUGUAGUACUGAAAAUUCAAGCUUGCUUCUCUUAUCCAGAUCCUACCACUUCCAUCACUACUACGCUUCUAAAUUUCCUCCAGAACUUUCAGUUAGAUGGGUCAAACCAGAAAUGCACUGUAGUCCAAUUAGAAGCUUUGCUGCUGCUCCUGCUAAGGCUGGAAAGCUUCAACUACCUAAAAAGAAACGGAGGCUGGAUGAAAUAUGUCUUGAAAGGUUCCAGCAAUACAGCCGAACAUUUAUACAAUCAUGGAUAUUACAAGGUAAAGUAUUUGUGGAUGGAAAGGUAGUGAACAAAGCUGGCACACCUGUGUCUGAGAAAUCUGUUGUUGAGAUAAUUGCUGAAGUUCCAAAAUAUGUAUGUAGGGCAGGAUAUAAACUAGAAGCUGCCAUUGAACAACUGGAUGUUGAUGUAGCUGGCAAAGUAGCUCUGGAUUCAGGAUUGUCCACCGGAGGAUUUACUGAUUGCUUGCUUCAGUAUGGUGCAUCAUUUGUUUAUGGAGUUGAUGUAGGUUAUGGACAGGUGGCAGACAAGAUACGUCGAGAUGAACGUGUUUGUGUGAUAGAAAGAACAAACUUAAGAUACCUCUCUGAACUCCCCCAAAAAGUUGAUUUGGUGACUCUGGACCUCUCAUUCAUCUCUAUUCUCCUGGUCAUGCCUGCUGUAGUCAAUGUCAUGAAGGAAGAGGCAACGUUAGUGACCUUGGUUAAACCUCAAUUUGAAGCUCGCAGAUCUCAAGUAGGAAGUGGCGGGAUAGUAAGAGAUUCUCAAGUCCACCAAGAGGUUCUUGAGAAGAUAACAAAAGGCGUGGAGGGCUUUGGAUUCCGUAGCAAUGGUUGUAUUGAGUCUCCUCUAAAGGGUGCUGAGGGUAACAUCGAAUUUCUUGUGCACUUCAGUCGAAUACAUGAAAAUAGUGCAGAAUGAUUACUACUAGCAUGAAAAGAAAGACCUCGCAUUAUGCCAGGACCCUAUGGAUGAAUUAUUUUCCAUGUGAAGUUCGUUCACUCUCACCUUACAGAAACAAGAAUCCAUGGCUUCUAAUGUAUGUAAAUUACAUCCCAACUAUUUAUUGAAAGCACAAGAAAUGCAAGACGUGAUGCUAUCACUCCAUCUCCUAUGACCUUAAUUAUGUGAUUUUCUCGCACAUGGUACAGUUGAUUUGUUUUUGUUUUUUGCCUACUGCUGGUGAGGAGUCCAGUUUGUCAAGCUCUAUGAAUUCUCCACCUUUCUGAUGUAAAUCUUGCUCUCCUGCGUCUGAGACAACUGACAAUGUGUUCGAUUUACAACUUAAUGCAUGUAAUCUCUUGUAGAAAAACUACAGCCUUACAGUUGUAAAAGACAAUUCUUGAAUAAACCUUUACAGAAA